AUGGGUAGCAUGAGAGGCCUGUGGCCUUGGGUGUUGGUUUUGCUCUCCUGGCCAGGUUUGAUCCUAGGAGCACCUUCAUCCUUCAAAUGUUCAGGAGCCUGCAGUACCAGUGUCCCAGAAGACCUCAGUCUCGAGGAGAUCCAGGUGUCCCAGGACAAGGACAUACCUGCAAUUAACCAAGGACUCAUCUCAGAGGAGACCCCAGAGGGCAGCUUUCUGGUGGAGGGGGACAUCAUCAGGCCGAGCCCCUUCCGACUGUUGUCUGUGACCAACAACAAGUGGCCUAAGGGUGUUGGUGGCAUUGUGGAGAUCCCCUUCCUGCUUUCCAGCAAGUACGAUGAACCAAGUCGCAAGGUCAUCCUGGAAGCCUUUGCUGAUUUUGAACGUUUCACGUGCAUCCGGUUUGUCGCCUACCAGGGCCACAGAGAUUUCAUUUCCAUCCUCCCUAUGUCAGGGUGCUUCUCCAGUGUGGGGCGCAGUGGAGGGAUGCAGGUGGUAUCCCUGGCAACCACCUGUCUCCAGAAGGGCCGGGGCAUUGUCCUGCAUGAACUCAUGCAUGUGCUGGGCUUCUGGCAUGAACAUGCACGGGCAGAUCGGGAUCGCUACAUACGUGUCAACUGGAAUGAGAUCCUCCCUGGCUUUGAAAUCAACUUCAUCAAAUCUCGGAGCAGCAAUAUGUUGGCACCCUAUGACUACUCAUCAGUGAUGCACUAUGGGAGGUUUGCCUUCAGCUGGCGUGGGCAGCCCACCAUCACACCACUCUGGGCCCCCGGUGUCCACAUUGGCCAGCGAUGGAACCUGAGCACCUCGGAUAUCACCCGGGUUCGCAGGCUGUAUAACUGCAGCCCAAAUGGCUCUGAUUCCUAUGGGAGAAGGUUCCAGGCCCACAGUGAUGGCCGGAGCUCCACUCCUGACUCUAGAUCAUAUAUGCAAAGACUUCUGGAGGUGCUGUUUGAAGAAUCCAGGAGCCCAGGCCCCAGUGGCUCUAGGGAUGGAGGCCAGGGUAUUGCUACAGGACCUAUAGAUAGUGCACAAACGUGGGAGCAUCCUGCCCAGAGUGAGUUCAAUGUGGAGGCAACCUUGGCAAGACCACCUCAGAUGCUAGCUUCCUCCCCAAGAUCAAGGCCUAGAGCAGAUACAGAUGGCAUUGCUCUGCAGCAAUUACAGCUAGCCCGAGUGCCUACCAUACCUUCUACUUCAUUGCCAGAAGCCAAAGACCAGCCAGUCCUUAUCCAAGCUGCUUUUGAGAGCCCAGCUCUGCUUCCAGGAGGUGGUGAACCUGGAAGUUACUCUGAGGAGGUGCCCAGAGAUUGA